AUGGACGAAAUAAUAAAAAAGGUGAAAUGUGCUGGCCGCGGAUACAAAAUAGGGGACAAUGAAAUAAAAUGUGUAUGCUUUGCUGACGAUGCCGUUCUGAUAUCAGAUAGCGAGGAUAACCUGCAAAGAUUGGUUUAUGCAUUUGAGAAAGCCGCGGAGGAAUUUAAUAUGGAGAUAUCAGUAGAAAAAACUAAAAACAUGGUAAUAUCCAAAAACCCUCUGCGAUGUAAGCUUGCAGUAUACGAAAAAAGCAUCGAACAAGUGAUGGAAUUUAAAUACUUAGGAGCACUUAUAACAUCAUCACGUGAUCUAACCAAAGAAGUUAAAACACAAGCAACUAAAGCAUCAUCGAUUUCAGGUUAUUUAAAAGAUGUUAUCUGGAAAAAUAAGCACAUGAAUAUUAGAAGCAAAACCCGCAUAUAUAAGACAUGCAUAAGACCUAUAAUCACUUAUGCAAUAGAAAGCAGGGCAGACACAAAAAAGACCGAAAAUAUUAUGAGCGCAGCGGAAAUGGCUACAUUAAGAUCCAUAACAGGUUACACCAGAUACGAUCAUAAACGCAACGAUGAAGUAAGAGAAAUUUGGGAAAUUCAGGAUAUUGUCAAAUGGAGUAGAAGAAGAAGAAAAGAAUGGAAUCAGCAUGUACAAAGGAUGUCGCCAGACAGGGUGGUUAAAAGAGCAUUCAUGGGGAAACCCAGUUCGUGUAGACUUCCAGGAAGACCACCGAAGAGAUGGCAGGAAUGCUGGACUUCCGGCUCAAUGUCAGAUCAUCAUUAA